AUGAACACAGGAGAAGUCAUUUAUACAUCGUUGGAGGUCCUCAUCGCCAUCAGCUGCUGUCUGGGGAACAUGCUGGUUGUUUUGGCUCUGUGGAAAACUAAAAGCAUCCAGCAGCCAACCUUCUGCCUCAUCUUGUCUCUGGCUGUGGCUGACUUCAUGGUUGGAUUUGUUGCCAUACCUCUGGCAGUGCUGGUGGAUGGGCGUCUGGAGACUUCAUUCCACACUUGCCUCUUCAUCAGCUGUGUGGUCAUCCUCUUGACCCUAGUUUCAGUCCUUUGCCUCAUGGCUAUUGCUGUUGAUCGUUACCUGCGUGUCUAUACCCCUCUGCGGUAUAAACGGAUUGUAACCUGGAGACACGCCUAUUCUGUGGCAGCAACAUGCUGGCUGGCUGCAGUGCCACUGAGUUUUACUCCUAUGCUUGGAUGGCAUCAAGACCUACCUGACUCUGUUAAUUCUACAUUUAUCUGCCAGUUUGUGGGGGUGAUUCCCAUGUCUUAUUUGGUUUACUUCAAUUUUUUUCUCUGCAAUCUGACUCCUCUGCUGGUGAUGACUUUGUUGUACAGCUAUGUCUUCUGCUACAUUCGGGGAAACCUGAAAGACAAACCAGGAAACGGUGCUCAAAAUCAAUCUCAAAAAUACCUACAGAAAGAAAAACAACUGGCAUCAUCUCUGUCUCUAGUCUUGGCCCUGUUUGCCCUGUCUUGGCUUCCUCUUCAUAUCAUGAACGUCAUUGUUUACUUUAAAGUGCCAGCUAUUGUACCAAAUGAAGCUUUCUACGUUGGCAUUUUGCUUUCACAUGCUAAUUCAGCUGUCAACCCAGUAGUGUAUGCAUUUAAAAUGAGAAAGAUCAAGACAGCUUAUGUGAAGAUUUGGAGACAGUUUGUUCUGUGUUCAGCAGAAAAUCAAGGCUCUCAGGCAAACCAGACAACAGACAACCCAAGCAUUACCAUAAAAAGUGUUGACAUUGACUAAGAUCUGUAUGAUUGUCUCUUCUGCGUAAUUGAAAGAAUCAAAAUUUGUGGAAAAUAUUGUUGUGUAUGGGUUCCUUGUGUAAUA